GCCUACAGUAUACCCACUACAAUACAUUAGACUACACCAAUGGUACCAUUCAUUUUGGCAUUCAUUUCAAACUUUGCCCACUCCCCUACUUUCUCUACUUUCUCUCCCCCGACCUGAACUCUGGCACUUGAAGCGGACUUCGGGGAAACUACACCCAGAUCCGCUCCCUUUCGCCUGAUCUCAGUCCGACACAGCGAGACUCUCCGCGGACAUAACGGACGGUACAGCUCGAUACCAUCUGCCAUCUGGUGGGAAAUGCGUCACAACCUUGAUUAGAACCACUUAUUCACAAGACAGGUGUGCAGAAGGAAUGUGGUUGUGGUGGUGGAAAGAAACGCAUUGGAGCGGAAGAUAUCUGUCUGGUUCUGAUCGGUGACCUGCAGCGGAUUACUUUUUAAGUGACUCCAGCAAAGAAGCAGCAGGGGAGAAACAACAUCUUUACAGCUAUGUUAAAAGGACCAAUAUUGGCUGCAUGGCUGGUGUAUUUCCUGUGUCAUGUUUAUCCUGUUAAAUCCAAGGUGAUCUGCGGCGAGUCCGAAAUGACAGUAUGGUUUGAGAAAUACCCUGGACUCCAAGAGGAUGAUUUGCGGCUCAAUGACACCACCAACACCGCCUGCAAAGUCCUCACCAACAGCGAUUUUGUCUUCGCUGUCGUCCCCCUCAGCGGUUGUGGCACACAGAUCAAGGAAAAUGGUGAUAUCUUAACGUUCACGAAUGAAAUCACCAACAACAAACAUGAUGCGGUGAUCACCAGGAAAUGUCAGCUGGAGCUGAAGUUCGAAUGCAAGUACCCCAAACAUGGAAAAGUGAAACAUAGCUACAGUGGACACAGAGAGAAUAUUACAGUGUCGGAGAAAGACCUCGGCACGUUCACCUACCAAUUUGAAUUCUAUCCUAACAAAAAUUUCCGAACCCCGAAAAAAUCUAAAUUAUACCCUCUGAAGUGUGACUAUAAAGAAAGGAUUUACAUGCAGAUAGAGGUCACCUCCUCAGUCGAAGACACCGAGCUGUUUGUGGAGUCCUGCAGAGCGGCACCAUAUGACAACCCAAACUACGAGCCCUCCUACUCCAUCAUUGAUAACGGGUGUAAUGUGGACCCGACAAUUGAAAUCCAUUCCCCUGCCCACCAGAAACAAUUCAGGUUCAGCAUGGAGGCCUUCAAGUUCAUCGACUCAGAUGACCAGGUGUACAUCAGCUGUUCAGUCAUGAUCUGUAGAUUAGGGAGCCCAAACACCAGGUGCUCCCAGGGAUGCAUCAAAUCCAGAACACGACGAGAUGAUCAGCAACAUCACCUCACAAAGAGAGAGGCUGUCACUCAGAGUUCAAGGCACUUCAUUUCCCAGGGUCCUCUGCGCUUAGUGGGAUCAGCAGAGAGCACCGGAAGCCCAGUGAUCCACCUGAAUCUGAACCUGGUUUUCAUCGCUGGAGGUCUCCUUGCAGCCAUUGGCUUGAUCAGUGCAGUGGUCAUCUACAAAGCCAAAAUAUCAAAGGUCACAUACCAACCUUUUGAAAGUUAAGACAGCGGCGUGUGCAGAAUACCAAUUCUGUAUUAAGUACAUUUGACUACAUAAAGCUAUUUUGAACAGUUUAUAAAUCACUAAACGGUUUAGGGCCAAAAUACAUUUCUGAUCUGCUGCUACACUAUGAAGCACUCAG